AUGAAUUACGAAUUCGAACGAGAGACGGGCUUUAUCAAUAGUCAGCCGUCGCUCGCUGAGUGCCUGACAUCUUUUCCCCCUGUCGCUGAUGCAUUUCAAAGUUCAUCAAUCAAGAGCUCGACGCUUUCACGCUCGACACUGAUUCCUCCUCCUUUCGAGCAGACCAUUCCUAGACUCAAUCCGGGAAGCCAUCCUCGCCACAGCCGCCCCAAACAGAACCCGAACGGCGUGUGUCCGCUGCCCGCCGCUUCCUUACCCCCCGAAUACCCGUGGAUGAAGGAGAAAAAGGCUUCCAAGAAGAACCAAACCUCGACUGCAGUCACCAGUGAGCCUACACCACUCUACUUCUCCCCUCAAGGUUCGCCAGAACUUUCAGACGGCGGCGGCGGAGGAACACGCAGACUGAGGACGGCCUACACCAACACGCAGCUGCUGGAGCUGGAGAAGGAGUUCCACUUCAACAAGUACCUGUGCCGGCCGCGGCGGGUGGAGAUCGCCGCGCUGCUGGACCUCACGGAGAGGCAAGUGAAAGUGUGGUUCCAGAACCGACGCAUGAAACACAAGCGCCAGACGCAGUGCAAGGAGAACCAGCAGAACUCCAGCCCGGAGGAACACGCCGCCCACGACAAGGCUUUCUAUGAGCAAACAGGCGCCAACACGGUUUCCGGGGCUUUAUUGGAGAGCGAAAGUUACGCGUUCCAGCAGAACACUACGCAAAAUGGACACAAUGGAGAGUCGCUGGGCUCUACUGUUUCACCCCUAAACAGUAAUGACAAAAAUCUCAAACAUUUUUCCAGCCCGUCACCCACUGUUCCCAUGUGCGCCACCACAAUGGCUGUUGACGGCGCAGCUGGACAGGACAAUAGCUCUCCUUCGGGCCUGGACGGCCCCAUGCACGACUUUCACGUUUUCUCUGCAGAUUCCUGCCUGCAUCUCUCGGAUGCCAUUUCUCCCAAUGUAUCCGAGACAGUGGACAGUCCCAUGAGUUUAGGAACAGACUCGUUUGAUUUCUUCUCAGAGACGCUGACGACUAUCGACCUGCAACACUUAAGCUACUAAAACUUUCUUUUGAGCUAACGAAGUCCAGUUAUAUUUCCCUGCGUUGAUGGAUGGUUAGUGUCUUUCAUUUCUUAUAAUAAUUAGGCCUAGAACGUAGCCUAAUAUCCUGUGGGGGUAAAGUGUAAUAUGAAUUACUGAAUUAUCGUUUGUGUUUACAACACAAAAAAAAGAUCAAAAUCUCAAAGGAAAGUGAUAUUUUCUCUUUUAUUUUUGUAAAAGAUUUCCCAACAGU